AUGACUUCAACAGCAGAUCUCCGGGUCUCGUCGCUGUUUGAUUUUCACAACCAUGUCGUCCUGGUGACUGGAGGAGCCACAGGGCUGGGAGAAAUGGCCGCUCAAGGUUUUGUCCAGAACGGUGCGAAAGUCUUCAUUGCCAGCCGCAAAGAAUCAGAAUUGAAGAAGACCGCGGAUCGUAUAAAUGCCAUCGGGCCGGGCAAAUGCGAAUACAUCGUGGCCGACCUGAAAGACAAAGCCGGGUGUGAUGGGCUUGUCAAGGAGAUCAAGAAGCGCACCGACCGGCUGACAGUCCUGGUCAAUAACACGGGGGUCACUUGGGGUGCCCCGUACGACGACUUCCCUGAAAGCGGAUGGGACAAACUGAUGGCAUUGAAUGUCAAAUCCAUCUUCUACAUGACCGUUGGGCUGCACGAUCUGUUGCUUAAGGGCACCAACGCCGAUAUGCCGUCACGAGUCAUCAAUAUCGCCUCGAUGGCUGGAAUUCAGACCACCGAUGUUACAGCUUCCGGAGAUGGAGGGCUUUCAGCUCCAGGCCACGGAACCUACAGCUACGGUCCUUCGAAAGCUGCUUGUAUACACCUCACCAAGAUACAGGCGUCCAAAUUGGCUCCAGUUAACAUCAUGGUGAACUGUAUCUGCCCGGGAGUCUUUCCGUCGCGCAUGACGAAUUUUGGCAUCCAGAAAUAUAUGGAUACUUUGUUGGAGCGACAGCCUACAGGUCGAGUGGGAAAGCCAUCAGACUUUGCAGGGUUGGUGCUUUUCCUUAGUAGCGCUGCAUCGGCUCAUAUGACCGGUAAUGUCAUCGAGAUUGAUGGUGGCAGCAAUCUCACUGGAUGGAGAGCGAAGAAGAGGGACACUAAGAUAUAG